UUGCUAAAAAGCUGAACUCCUGCUGUCGUCAACUAGCAGCUCCACAGGAGACUAUGAGCUUGCAGCAGGACGAGCCCUUGGAGCCCCAGCAAGACACUAUGCAGCUGGUGGCAGCCAGAAUAAUUCAGAGGGCCUGGAGAACAUAUGUGUGCAGACACGUCUUCACAUAUUUGAAAGGGCUGAUCAGCGAAUACAACCAGCAGGAUCCACAGACAGUCCUCAGAUCUGUCAAUCCUCGAGAGGCAGAGUUGUUGGAUGCUGCCGCUGGGGUGUUUAUUAGAUUUCGACUUGGCGGGAUCACCUUUCCUCCUCACAUCUAUUACAAGAUCUUCACCUAUCGGCCCAUCACGGAUUUAUGUGCCAGCAGUCCAAGGGACUACAGCAAGCUGGAAAUGAAGAAGCUUGGUGCCCUGCAGACCAGCAGUAGUGGUCCUCCUACACAGGAGGAUCGAUCAGGGUGGUACCAGCGUGUGGAGAACAACACCUGGAGGCAGUUCUGUAGCAAGAUGGUUUGUGUAGAUAAGAACACAGAGAUCGGUGCCCAGAAAAAAAUGGACUUUCACUAUUCUAAGUUACAGCGGAAGAAGGAUGUAGAAAAGUGGAAGAAAAGACGGAAAAUUGAAUGGCUGAAGAAAAUGUAUCAGCAGGGUCGAAUGGAGGAACAGAAUUCAGUUCUGGAAGUGAUGAACAACAUCGAUGAAAUAGAUGAUGAUGAAAUCCUGGACUGGGAGGUGGACGAGCUCCUGGCCUGGACCGACACUCUAAGCUUUGACGAUUAUUUUGAAGACUGGUAUCAGUUGCCCUGCAGUCACUCCUGUGAGCUGAGCCAAGAUGUUCCUUCAUAUCCACUCCAGAUAGAUCCAUUUUUGUUAUCUGAUGAAAAAAGUUAGAACAGAAUAAAGUCAAACUGGAAGAUGGCACACAAACCAUUGUAAUCACAAAUUAUAAUUCCAAAGAACUGCAAGCUUUUUGUUUCAUGCAAUCUAGCUGCAGUGUCAUUUUAAAAUCCUAAAACAGGAUCACUUUGAUUGUCUUGUGAUUUUUGCUAUUCGGGUAGAUAAGGAAGUCACAUUCUGUGUUAUUCAUCAGUAGAAUGAGUGUUUGUGUGAGAUGAAUCUCUUGAAAUCAACAGCAUUGGAUCUAAUCUCUGACAUCAAAACAGAUCAAACUGCUGGUUUCUGAUGGUUCAUCUGAAUAUAACAAAAUAUGGGGCGUCAUUUGUUUGUUUUGCAUAGUUGCGGCCCAACGUUGAAACUUGAUCAAAGGCAUGAAGAUGUGUUUCAUGAUCUUUUCUUGUAAUUAUGUAUGAAAAUUCAUCUUCAAAAAGGCUGUAGGAAGAAAAAAUGAAACAAGGAGUUGACAGUAUGGCACACGUUUAGUGACCAAUAUGAAUACGUAUGUUUUCAUAGUGUAAAUCAUUCGAAAAGAUCCUGUUUCAUCGUAAUUGUGAUUAAGUCUUUUAAAGCUGUUCUACUCUUUAACAUGUUUCACUCUGUUACAAUGUUUUACAGUCAGUUUUUGCGUGACAUGAACAUCAAGCUUCAAACUGAUUGUAACCUCAGACCGCUGUCUCUUCCCACAAAAUAGGUUUCUGGUGAAAUUUGAAUCUUUUUGCAUAGUUGUUAUACAAAUGUAUGGUAAUUCAGGUUUUUGCAUGAGCUGAUGAAAGAAGGAGAGCCGGAUAGAUAUAAAAGAGCAAGUUUGUGGGGUUAGAGGAUCAUUUUGUAGGGAUCGGUCGACUUUGUUGAAGAAGAGGAAGAGGGAUCUCAGCCCAAGACUCGACAGAUCAAGCUACAAGUGACUUCUUUUCCAGCUUUACAGCUCUGUAGCACCAAACCAAAGCAGCUGAAAUGGCCAACGUGAAAACCAGUGAGGCUGGCAAUUGGGUCAGAUCUCUUACUCAGGAGUCCCACAAGGCCAAAGAGUUCUCUUACUGCCCGUACAGCCAGCUCAGAAUGGGAUCAGCCCUGCUCACAGAGGUGUGAAAGAUCUUCACAGGCUGCAGUGUUGAAAAUACCUGCUUCUCCUUGGGCCUGUGUGCAGAGAGGACUGCCAUAAACAAGGCCGUGUCUGAGGGAUACCAGAAAUUUAAAGCGAUAUUGCCAUUUCAAGUGACCUGGAGGACCGAGUCAUCGCUCCCUGUGGGGCCUGCCGACAGGUCAUGAGAGAGUUUGGCGACAUGCCCGUCUUUAUGACCAAGGUAGAUGGAUCCUACACCAUGAUGACAUUAGAGGAGCUGCUUCCAUUGUCGUGGGGCACUGAAUACCUGAAGAAAUAGCCUUUCCAAAAGGCAAAUACGUUGCAUGGAUGAGUGCUUUUAUUAGCCCACUUAAAGAAUCCACACUAGUCCAGUUGCUUUUCUCUCACCAAAUUAUUAUAAAAGGCAAGAGGCAAGAGAUUGUUUAGUCAUGACUUGUUUGCAUAAUGACCAUUUUAUGAUAUUAGAUGUGUUGACAUCAUCAUUUAGUGCAUAAAGUUGUUAUGUAUCAAGUGGUAAGCAAACAGAAGUAUGUGUGAACAUUCAAGAAACAAAAAUAAAGAUUGUCAGAUGGGGUAAA